AUGCUGCCCCUCCCAUGCGCCCCGAACUCCAGCUGGAGCAAGUUUCGGCAUCAUCUUCGCUCCAUCUUCAGCGGAGUUGACCCUCGAGUCUUCACGGCCUUUUGGCUGUUCGGUUUAAUAAAUAAUGUCCUCUACGUCAUCAUCCUCUCCGCAGCUCUCGACUUGGUCGGUCCCAGCGUACCCAAAGGCGUCGUCCUACUCGCAGACGUAGUCCCUUCAUUCUUCACCAAGCUAUGCGCUCCCUACUUCAUCCAUGUCGUCCCUUAUCCGGUUCGGAUAUUCAUAUUCGUCGCCCUGUCGGCGUCUGGCAUGUUUCUGGUCGCUCUAUCGCCAGCCUACGAUGCAAACGCUACUGCCGCUGAUAGUUCAAUAACAGCCAAAAUAUUCGGAGUUAUGUUAGCUAGCCUGUCCAGCGGCGGUGGAGAGCUAAGUUUCCUGGGCCUCACGCAUUUUUAUGGUCCGUUUAGUCUGGCUGCGUGGGGUAGCGGAACGGGGGCUGCUGGGCUGGUGGGAGCUGGCGCAUAUGCUUUGGCAACGACAUCGUUUGGAUUUUCGGUGAAGGCAACUUUGUUGGCUUCUGCGUUUCUGCCUGCUGUUAUGGUUAUAAGCUUCUUUGGGAUAUUGCCUAGAGGGCCGAUGGUGCAAGCCAAAGAUGGGUAUCAAACGAUUGAAGAAGUCGAGGGCGGAGAAUACCUACGUGAAGAAGCUAUAGAGCCGUCGGACGGUGCUAGAGAUGAUACGGGCGGCCUGUCUGUUGGCUCCAUCACCGGUGGUACCGAUGACUUGAAGAGUACACCUCAGCAAGACUCUGGGCUGUCGUGGGAACUAUUCAAGGCAAAUCUGAACCGCGCCAGAGCCCUAUUCUUUCCUUUUAUGCUUCCGCUAUUACUCGUCUAUAUUGCUGAGUACACUAUCAACCAGGGUGUUGCACCUACUCUCCUCUUCCCACUCAAAGAAAGUCCAUUUAAGCAAUUCCGUGCCUUCUAUCCCACAUACAAUGCCAUCUACCAAGUCGGAGUGUUCAUCUCACGGUCAUCGACCCCCUUUUUCCGUAUCCACGACUUAUAUUUUCCGUCAUUCCUUCAGAUCUUCAACCUUGUAUUGCUGACCCUCCAUGCACUGUUCAACUUUAUACAAAAUGUUUACAUUGUUUUCCUCGUUGUAUUUUGGGAAGGUCUCUUGGGUGGACUGGUGUAUGUCAAUACGUUCGCGGAGAUCACAGACCGCGUACCAAAAGAGGAACGUGAAUUUUCCCUUGGAGCAACCACUGUCAGCGACUCGGCGGGCAUAUGCAUUGCAGGGCUAUUGGGGAUGGUGUUCGAGGUCUGGUUGUACCAUGUACUGGGUAGACCGUCAACCCAGUUCCGCAAGAUCCAGGUCUUCGCAGUGGUCUCGUUUUGGACAUUAUACCUUCUCCGAGGAGACAAGAAUGGACCUCCAGGAGUUCGCUUUCUAUCCUCCCGUCUACAAGGGCGAAUGACGCCGUGGCAGGCCACCGUCAUGACCAUGUUGACGCUCUACCUAUCUCGCAAUUUUGCCAAACUAUUCGGUCUCGAAUCGCCGGAGCCACUGGCAAACCUAUAUUCCCGUUCCUAUUUCAGGGCAACGUGGAUAGUGACAGCGCUCGAUGCCGGGUUUUGGACUGCUAUGAACAUACGGCAGAAAUGGCUUCGGGAUCUAGCGUCUAUAAUAUUUUCGGUAUAUUACCUGAUAGCUGCGGAACAAGCGGAUGAGAAGGUACGGAAGGUUAGAGCUACCUUAACCGUGGAGCAUCUACGGGUUUCGUGGAAUAAACCGACAACUCCUUAUCUUGCCUUCUUCUCCAAACUACUUCGGCCACGGCUCUGCAAGCGUCAGCCGGUGGCAGUCCGGAUACCUCGUCCGCGCGAGUCUUCAUAUAAAGACCCAGUGGAAGCAUGGCUUUAUUUUGACGGACCCAUGAGCACGCUUCGUGACCAGACAAAUAUCGUUCUUGAUGUCCCUGGUGGUGGGUUUGUUGCUAUGGGCCCACGAGUGAGUGAUGAUAAACUGCUUGCUUGGGCCGGUAAGACGGGCGUUCCAAUCCUCAGCCUUGACUAUAAGAAGGCGCCUGAGUAUCCAUACCCUUAUGCCUUGAAUGAGUGUUACGAUGUCUACCACACCAUCGUUAUGACAAGGGGAAGGUGUUUGGGCCUGAGUGGAAAGGUAUGCCCCAAGAUCGUUGUGACGGGCGACAGUGCUGGAGGAAGCCUUGCGGCCGGUCUAACCCUUAUGAUCCUGCAAUCCGGGAGUACAGAUUCUCGAAAGUGGAGAGGCGAAGACUCGCUGCCCGCCCCCACUGGACUGGUGUUAAUAUACCCAAAUUUGGACCUGAAUAUUGGGAGCUGGAUGACUGAUGAGGAAAUGUCCCUAAUUCGAGAUAAAGGAAUGCGAAAAACAAACCGAAAUAUUUUGCGGCGGAAAAGCGAGGAUUACUAUAAAUUGACGCCAUCAACUCCUCAUCCUUCAGACGAUGAUCUUGCAGAGGACGCGGCUACUAGGAACGAUGCAUCGUUGGAAAACGGCUCUAAACAUCCCGCGGAUGGUAUAGCGGCCUCUUCAACAGCAGCGUCAGCCAUGGGAAGCCAAUCCGAGGAAACCAGUAUUGAAUCUCAGAUGAAAGAUUUAUCAGAGAAAAAGCCCCAAAAACUUCAAACUCGCCUUGCUGUUUCUUCCAUGAUAUCGUACUUCAACGACCGUAUCCUUACCCCUGAAAUGAUGAGGGCUAUGAUAAUCUUAUACAUCGGCCCUUAUAACCGCCCAAAUUUCAGCACUGAUUUCCUUCUCUCGCCCGUUCUGGCUCCAGAAGCGCUUCUAGCUCGAUUCCCAAAGACAUAUUUCCUUACUGGAGAACGAGACCCCCUUGUCGACGACACUGUCAUAUUUGCAGGACGACUUAGACAAGCGAAACUCCACCGAUUCCGUGAAAGAAAGGAGCUGGGCCUGGAGAAGUCUGGAAAGAAGUUUGACGAGAAACAGCAUGUCGAAGUGACCCUGAUACCCGGUAUAUCCCAUGGCUUCUUGAACAUUGUUGCUGUCUUCCCAGAGGGUUGGAAACACGUAUUCCGAUGCGCUAGAUGGAUAACAGAAAUAUUCGAAACGGUGGAUGUCAAUAGCUCGAACGACUUGCGAGCUUCCACGGCGUCUCUUGCCUCCCGGUCGCGAGCCGUUUCUAAUGUCAAAUCACGUCCGGUGGUAGAUGGGGAGACAGACAAGCCGGGUAAUGGAAACACGUCACAGCGCCAUCACCAACGUCAGCUGACGGGCGAGUCAUCUGGCGAUGACGAUGGUCCGCUGGAAAUCAGCAUGCUGAAGAUGACGAAGAUAUCACCUUCGCCUCCAUCGUCCCAGGCCAAUAUAUCCCAAUCAGACGCAUCAUCUCCUGUUUCACCAUGCAUGCCAGAUCACAAACCUAGAACCCCUACACAACAGAACAAUGACCCCAAAAGACAGAAGAGAAAUAUUCGUCGCCCGAAUGCUGCAAAAUUGUUCCUUUCCCCGUUACCAGCCAAGCAGACGGAGAGAUUGCGUAAUGCCGACAAUACCAGUCAUAGUGAGAAUGAUUUGGUGCGCGUGAAACAGAUGAUUACCGGCUUACGACGUGAAGCUAGCUUGACUAGUUUACCAAGUGAUGAGGAUUUGCUCAAUAGACGAAUGAAUGGAUUGGCCGGUGGGCUUAUGGGGAUAGGAGAAGGAGCAAAGACGCCGUGA